AUGGCAUCUAAUUUAAGUGCUGGGGGCUAGACUUCACCAUUUUAUGGGUCUUCAAAGCCUAUGUACUUAGGGGAUGAAAAAAAUCUAAAGAAAAAAAGAGGAAUGGAUCUGCUACAAACUGAAGAGGAUGAAGAGGAUACAGGGCAUGAGUAUUCAAAAAUUUAAUCAGGAUCGUAGCUAUAAUAAACUGCACAGCAAUAUAUUCAAAUGAAUUCCCAGUUCAAUCUAACUUAGAAUAACAAUAAGUUUUAGAGUGUGAUUGGAGGAGGUCCUUCAAUGAUGCGAGACAAGAGCCCCAUUGCAAGUACUCUCUACCAGGACUCAUUUAGUAUUGAUAACACUAAUAAUUCUUCUCUGAAUAAUAGUUUCAUGGGAGGAAUCAAUGACCCUAGUACCAAGAGUAGAACACAGAAGAAUUAAAAUUAAUUUCAUGGCCUAACUCCAGGUGGAGGUAUAAAUCCAAACACUAAUUCUAGUUAAAACAUGAAUAAAAGCAGGUUUGAUGAAGAGAAGAGCUUUACUAAUGAAAAUAAGCAUUUGAAUCACAAUGGUCCUACGAUAAGCGUAAUCAAUUAUAAUAACCCCACGAUCAAUAAUACUUAGAUUAAUCUAUCGAAUGAUCCAAUAUUAUCAAGGGUAUAUCAAUAUGGAACCUAAAUGGAUAAUUAGCCUAGUAGUAACGCAUAUGAAGAUGAAGAAUUCUAUGACUAGCUUAACUAUUCUAAGAUGAACUAAAAUGCAAAUAAUAAGCAGAAAAACUAAAAAUCAAAGAAUCAACCAUAACAGCAACCAAAUAUUUCUAGCCUAAAUAAUUCUCAAUUUGGCCCGAAUCCUUAUAAAACUCAAGGUCAAAGUAGUGCUCUAGGCUAGAAACUUUCAAGCUUGGCAUCAGCAACUAUGAAUCAACAAGCAACUGCUGUAAUGAAGACUGUUUCUCUAGCUAAUCCUUAUGCUGAUGAUCUUAGCAAAACUACGAAGAACAUAAAUCAGCCGAUGAGUCAGUAAAUAUCUAGAUAAAAUUCUAGAUCUGAUAUGGAAUAAUCAGAUAUUGAGGAAAUAGAAUAAGAAGUAUCCAAGAAAAAGGUAGUGAGAAAAAAAAUUAUUAAAAAAAUUAUCAAGAAAAAGAAUCCUGAUGGAACUGAUGCACCUCCUUAAGUUAUUACAACAAUAGUUGAAAAGAAAGUUAAUGAUAAAUCCAAAGUUUCUGAAACAGGGGAUUCAUAAUAAUUAAACUUAAAAUAAGGACCACCAAUGGCCUAGGUUAAUAACAUUUAAGUAAUAAGCGAAGAAUAAAAAUAAGAAAAUGAUUAAUAGCCUAUUUAGUAGCCUAAAAGAAGAGUUAUUAAGAAAAUCAUAAAGAAAAAGGCUAAACCACAAACAGAAAAUACGGUUCAGGCAGAGGAAGAAAUAAUUUCAAAGAACAACAUCGAUUAAAAAUCUGAUUUUUAAGAAGCUAAACAGAUAAAACAGUUAGAGGAGCCGAAAAAAAUGUAAAUAAAACUAAAAGAAGAGACGAAAAAGUUAUAACAAUAGGAUUAAUAAGUAAUUCCAAAGUCAAUAAUGAAAAAACCAAAGCAUAAACAAGAAUCAUCAGAAGAGGAGGAAGAGAACAAAGAUGAAUAAUUAUCUGAAGACGAAGCUUAAGUAAUCUCUAAAAAAAGAGGUAGAUAACAGAGAGACGAGUAACCCAAGAAAACUUAGAAACAGAAGAUUCCUUAAAAAGUGAAUAAAAGAGGUGAUUCAAAUGAAGAUGAGACAAAGUAGAAAGUAAAACGAAGGAGAGAGGUAUCUCAAAGUCAAUCUGAUAAAGAAGGGAAUUCGUAAGAAAGCUAAAGCGACGAGGAAGUGAAAGAAAUAAUAGCGAAGAAAUAAAAGAAAAAAUAAGAAGAUUUCAAGAGUAAAUAAAAGAGAGCUUAGUCUGAAGUGCCAAAUAGAAAAGGUAGGAAAAGUAACUAAGAAAGAGCUUCUAAAUAGAAGAAAAAGCACGUAUCAGCAUCAGAUGAAGAAGGAGCCUCUUCAGAGGAGGAAGAAGAUGACAGCUAAGAAGAAGAUUACGAUAGUGAAGAUAGAAAUGAUGCAGAGGGCUCAGAUGAUAGCCAUACUCGCAGAAUUAAAAAAUUUAAGAGACAAUAAUAAAAAUUAGCUCUCUAGCAGUAACAAUUGAAUAAGGAGAAAUAAAAGCUUGAAUAAUAAAAAACAGCAAUAAUAUAAUCAUAGUAAAAUUCUCAAACUAACUAGACUGGCAAGAAUGGCUCUGCUCCGCUCAUUCAAAAGCCUAUGUCUUUUAAAGUAGCAAUAUGUGAUGCUGAAUCCUACAAAGCAUUUGUAGAUUAAAUAGUUUAUGGAAGCAGAUUAAAAGAACUGAUUAUGAAUCCCAUUCCUUUCUAAAUGGGCUAACUAAAAUUCACCAUUGAGAGACAUAGGUCAGGUUUUAAUAGAUUACAUCCUAGUUAUUAUUUUUACCUCGAAAAAAAUUAAGGAGGACGCUUGCUGAUGCUUUAUGCUAAAAAGCGAGCUUUCAAUAAAACAGCUAACUACCUUAUAUCUAUGGAAAAGAAUAAAAAGACUAGAAGUAACGACGUGUGUUUGGGAAAGUUAAGAGCUAAUCCAGAAUGUGAUAAGUAUACGCUUUACGACAACGGAGAAAACUAUACAAAAUCUUCUUAAUUCUAGCCAGAUUAAAUAAGGAAUGAACACGGAGUAUACCAGUAUAGAUAUGAACCUUGUAAUGUAGGCAAUAUCAGGAAAAUGGUUGUAAUACUGCCAACACUUAUUUAAACAAACUUGCCAAGUCAUGCUAAGAUAGAUAACACUUUACCAUUAGGCCAAGACUCAAAUGGAAAUCUAGUAGUGAUGACCUAAAAGCCUUGGAAACCACUAAGAGACUAGGAUACAAUAAUCGAGACAUAUACCAGAGAAAUGGUAAGAAAUCAAGGUUAUCAGGUAUUUGUUGAUAAUCCACCAGCUUGGAAUCCAAGUAAUCACUCUAAUAACUAACUAAUUAUAGAAACAAACACAUAUGUGUAUGACUUUAAGGGAAGAGUUACAUAGCCUUCUAUUAAGAAUUUUCAAUUGAUACCAGAGAUGGAUGGUCGUAGAUAGGUUACUCUUUAAGAUUUUGUGUUGUAAUUCGGUAAGAACGGAAAGGACUAAUUUAUCUUGGAUGUCCAGUAUCCUUUCUCGGUAUUUUAGGCAUUCGGUUUAGCUCUAUCAGCAUUUGACACAGAUUGA